UUAGACUCUGCAGAGAGAAACUGGGAUGGGUGUUUGGUUGCCAUGGUAUUUGUUCAGGUACAUGUACAUGUACAUGCAUGGGUACACAUGAAGAGGAGAGCUGUUUAUACAAACGUAUGGGUGUGCAAGAAAAGGGCACAGAACGGGGUUCUGAUGCUGUGAAUAGUUGGCGACGAUCUCACGUACACAUGCAUGCAUGGAGUUGUUUAUACAUACAGCAGUAUGUUGGGCCAAGUCCUCUGGAUAAAACUGAGAAACCUACAUGUUAACACAGUAGCUAAGCGACAGUGACUUAACCCUAACAGUCCUCAAUCCCCAACAGGUGAAGGAUUGAGGACUGUUAGGGUUGAUGACUUUUUAAGUGUGAAACGCAUUGCUGUAAUACAGAGGAACAUGCUUUACAAGGAUGGUCACUUUCAUACGCUGGUCCAGAAGUUGAGCUUUUGAGCGCAGUUUUAAAGGUGUCGUUUCAGUCAGAUGCUGAAGCCGGUGAUAGAAGACACUGCCAAGGCAGCGAGGGAAGAGUUCAGGCAACCUGGCCAAGUGGUGGUAGCGGCGGUGAACUGUGAAACUGAAGAUGCCAUUGCCAAGAGGUACCAUAUCUCCAAGUAUCCGACCCUGAAGAUGUUCCGGAAUGGACAGCUGGCGAAACGGGAGUAUCGAUCCCAGCGAUCCAAGGAUGCCUUUAUGAACUUCCUGAGAGACCAGGUCAAGGACAGCAUCAAUCAGAUGCAGACCAAAGAGGAUGUCCAAAAGAUUGAUCAAUCCAAGCGCAACAUCAUUGCGUACUUCAAGGCAGUGAACACAAACGAGUACUCUGUCUUCAGACGGGUUGCAAGCGCUCUCAGAGAUGACUGUUCCUUCCACGUCGGAAUUGGUGAGAACUUCAGGUCAGAAACAGUGUCUGGAGAUAACAUCAUGUUCAGACCGCCAAGGACUAGUGGCCAGGAUAUGCUGUACAUGGGAUCCAUGUUGAACUUCAACCUGUUUCACACCUGGGCACAGGACAAAUGCAUCCCGCUGGUGCGGGAAAUUACCUUUGAAAACGGAGAGGAAUUGACGGAGGAAGGCUUGCCAUUCCUGAUACUGUUCCACAGACCCGAGGAUGCUGAUGUUGUCAAACGAUUCAACAGUAUCAUCAGCAGGGAGCUGAUUGGCGAUAAGGGAAGUGUCAACUUCUUAACGGCAGACGGCACCAAGUUUACGCACCCACUGCAUCAUUUAGGGAAGACCCCCAAGGAUCUCCCAGUGAUUGCCAUCGAUAGCUUCAGGCACAUGUACCUGUUCCCUAAUGUGCAAGAAGUAGACGCCCCCGGGAAACUCAAGCAGUUUGUCGACGACCUGCACUCAGGGAAACUUCACCGGGAGUUCCACCACGGACCGGACAAGGUGACCCCACAGGAGCCAGCCAAAGCUACCUCCGGGAGCCAGGAACCAGCAAAGAAGGCCCCCACCGACCCUCCCGAGAGCACCUUCAUCAAGCUGAAGCCUAGCGGAAAUCGAUACUCUUUCCGUGAUGAGCUUUGAGGAUUUGCCCAGGGGCAGUGCCUGUUGCUGAGUACAAUGGGCAAACAGGAACACGCGUCGGUUGUACGUUUAGCAUUUUAGCCUUGUUGAAGGGAAAUGAAAUAAUUUGAUGAAGCUGUGACAUUUUAUCUGGAGUUUGGCCAAUCUAAUUUUUUGGUGUUAUUAUCUGUCUAGAGGAUAUUUUCCAUUUAAAUUUAUGUGCAGUUUAGAAAAAGGUAGAAAAUGAUUGGCCUGAACACAUGAGGCACUGGAAGAAGGUAACACCUAGUUGUACAUGUAGACGUGUUAAAUUCUUGUGUUCAAUCGCCAGGCUUUGAAAGGAGUACAUUGGGUCAGGUGACUGACAGGUGAAAGAAAAUAGACUCCUGCUUAAAUUGCAGGUUUCACUGUUGAACGUAUCAUGUUUUCCAUUGAAUGUGCGUUACCUAACAAAAGAAUAGCUUGUGUCCAGUUAAACACGUGCUCAAAAUUUGCAAAAAAGAAUGCGUUUUUAUGCAGUAAGUGUUGCUGUGAAUAUUCCCUGACAUCAAAUUCAAUGAACCUGCCUCUAGUGGGGAACAUGAUGGAAAGUAUGCUUAAAAGUUGCAAACAACAUGGAGGCCUUACAUUUUACAGCCAUAAACAAAGUCAUGCAUGGAAUGCCAGUUACAGCCGGCUCAUCUGUUAUUCUCAGUGAGCCCUAGCUGCGUCUAGAUUGAACUAGCUAAAGUAGAAAUGCAUGACCAUACAUCCCUUCGUCAAAUGCUGAGGAUACCCCAAGGUGAGGCUUGUUGUCAAGUAUCAAGUGCAUUUGGUUACCUAACUGAAUAGGUCAAUGUACUUAUGAAGUCACAAGAAUGUCUAUAUGUGCACUUUCCUAUGGAGCCAGUGGGGGCCCACGGUCCACUAAACACCAUAGAAAAGUACACAUGUAAACAAAGCGCGGUGUCACCAGUACUUGGGUCGAUCGGUGCUCUAGCAAUUAGUUUAAUUAGAAUAACAAAAUAGCAUAGCUUGGUAACGCUGCAAACCGUGUGAUGGAAUUUAGAGAGUUGAUGUUUUAAUUUGUACAAUUGCAAUAGUUGUUUUUAUUUAUUUUUGUUUGAAGCACAGCUGACCAGCAUAAUGCAAAUUACUAUGAAUAAAAAAAGUGCGAGGUAUCUUUAGGUAUAUAAUCCUCUUUUGGUUGUAAAACUGCAAAAAGGACAGACGGAUUUAAGACAUGGUACAUGAGAAAGGAUUGUUCUGUCAAAACAGUCCUUGUCCCAAACUUGUCUGUUAAUUGUUUCAAAUGUCAACAGCCAAGAUCACCCAUCAAAAUGUUUACAUCAGAAAUGCUUAACAUAUCGGUUCUGGGCGUGCAAGUUUAUUCUGAUGGUCUGCUUUUCCUCCUCCCCAUUUCUUAUGUAUGCCCUUGCAAUUGAAAAACUCAAUCUAAUCUCUUGUGCAGUGUAAAAUCUUUCUGCAUACACAAAGUACAUGCAAAGAAGUUACGAAGGCAGCGUACUGAAUCCAGGCCCGAUGACAUACCUGAGUGUCACUCAUUUCAACAAAAUCACUUAUCAUAUCCUCAGAAUUUGUUCCAGAGAUGGUCAGACAAACAUUUGGUUACGUUUUCAAUAUGUUCAAAAUAUAUUGGAUUUGGUUAAAACUUUCUGUGUGAUGAUUUUUUUUGCCACUCACAAAUUUCCUUGAAGUUGCUUACCUGUACAAGACGAUAUGCACAAGGUUGAACUAAUAAAUGAACAAGGAGUGCCUUUAUUUUGCAAUUAGUACCUUGAUCAAAAGGUGUUAAAAGUACAAUUGAAAUUCUCUUUGCAACGCUGCUAACCUGCCUGUCAAUAUUACCACUGGAGUAAAAAAAUAAACAAAAUUUGACAGUUUAUUUGUCUCUUUUUUUUCUUUUUGUUUGAGUUUUUAUUUUAUGGUUUCUUUUUUUUUCACUUUAGACAGUGCACAUUAACUAAAUUUUUGAUAUAUUUUCGUGGUUGAAUUUUGCACUUGUUUUGAAUUUUACACCAUGUGUAAAAUUAGGCUUUUAUUUGCUUAUAGAUAGUUCAAUUGCAUAGGCCAACCUCUGAUUGCUUUCAAGUCCUUUUUAUAUGGUUUGCUAUGUGUAGCCAGCAGAACUACCCAGAUCUUGACGAGUAAAGAAAUUCAGUCAACAGCUGACUAAAACUCAGUUUGCAAGAAGCUAAACUGCCAGUCCAACAAUUGAUUGAUAAAUAGUUACAUCCUAACACCCACUUGUGAUAUUUAAAGGAACUUCUUAAUUUGUAAGAAAUGUCAUGCAUUUUGUUUUUAUAUAUACUUCUUCAGUUAUAAUUGGGUAGCAGAAAUCUUGAAAAAUAAAUGUAUUUAUUUGACACCUCA